AUGUCUGCCGGCGACCUUGGCAUCAUGGGCACCCUGCCCGAAGCCAGCCUCUUCACCUUCCCCCCCACCCAAGUGCCCGCGCCUCUGCCUCCGGCCGCGACACCACUCUCCCUGAUGCGCCCCUUCAACAUCCCCCACGUGCUCUUCUCCGCCGCCCUCGACCCCAAGGUCCCCUUGACCAUCGCCGCCCUCUACGCCAUCAGCGCCAAGGCCUUCAACAAGUACAACCGCUCCCGGAACAAGACGCCGUGGGCCGUCAGCAAGACGCGCGCCUUUUCCAUCUUUGUCGUGCUGCACAACGUCUUCCUAGCCCUCUACUCGGCUUGGACCUUCUGGGGCAUGCUGGGCGGCAUGCGUCGCAGCAUCGUGAGCCCCGGCGGCCCCGGCGGCCUGGCCGCCACGGUCGAUAGCUUCUGCCGCAUUCACGGUCCGCCCGGGCUCGGCCGCUCCGUCCACUACAAUGAGACGUCGGGCCGAUGGGACAGCGCCGACACGACGGUCCUUGCCGACGCCUUGGAUGCCGCCGGCCCGAGGAGCUCGCAGAUGGGCCGCAUGUGGACCGAGGGGCUGGCUUACUACGGAUGGAUCUUCUACCUCAGCAAGUUCUACGAGGUUCUCGACACCUUCAUCAUUCUCGCCAAGGGCAAGUACAGCUCGACGCUUCAGACGUACCACCACGCCGGCGCCAUGAUGUGCAUGUGGGCCGGCAUGCGCUACAUGUCGGCGCCCAUCUGGAUGUUUGUCCUCGUAAACUCCUUCAUCCAUGCCUUGAUGUACACCUACUACACCUUGACCGCCUUCUCCAUCAAGGUCCCCAUGGCCAUCAAGCGCACCCUCACGACGAUGCAGAUCACCCAGUUCCUCGUCGGCGCCUCGUACGCCAUGGCCCACUCCUUCGUCACGUACAUCGUACCCGUCACCGUAACACGCGUCGUGCCCGCAUCCGUCCCCGAGCCGGCCGUCCUCGCGGACCCGGUCAUCCCCCACACGGGCGGCACAUUCGACGCCCUGAAAAGGCUCAUCUUCGGCGCUCCGAGCCCGAGCAUGGCGGCCCCCGCUGCCACGGUCAUGGCGGAGCCCGUCAUCAUCACCGAGACGGCGUACAUGGAGCAGCCGUGCAUCGGCACCGCCGGCGAAACAUUUGCCAUCUGGCUCAACGUACUGUACCUCGCCCCGUUGACGUACCUCUUCGUAAGCUUCUUCAUCGCUAGCUAUGUGAAGCGCAGCAAUGCGGCUCAGAAAGCCGUCGGCAAGCCCAGGCAUAGCGAGAGCAACGUGGCCAUGGCCGAGAAGGCCGGCUGGGACGCCGCUCGCAGCAUGGAGAGGGAAGUCUACGGUGGCGAGAGCAUGAGUGACGAAAACGGCAAGCACAGCACCGUCGCCAACGGCGUGUCCAAGAAGGCCACAGGCAAGGCCAAGGGCUCCUCCCACGGAGCUAAGGGCUCCCACUGA